UGAGAGAGAGAGAGAGAGAGAGAGAGAGAGAGGGUGUGUGUGUGUGUGUGUGUGUGUGUGUGUCUGUGCAUCUCGGGACGUCCGUGUCUUUUUGAUUUGCACCAAAGAGGAGAAAAGCUGUUCAAGCUGCGCCUCGCUGGAGAAGAUGCACCCCGCACAUUGUCAUCGGUAUCAGAUCAUUUUUUUCACGCGUCUUCAUCUUGCACCCAUCCGGUUCCUUCGACAUGAGUUCAACACCCCGUCUAAAAGAUUUCGCUUGCCUGUUAAUGCAAACUCGGAUUGCGUCUGAAACGGAACAUGGGACGCACCUCUGGAUGCUAACGAAGACAAAGCAGCCUAUUAAUAUUUCAAGAAAGCGCAUAGAAAGCGCAGCGUGUAGUGCUGUAAUGCGAUAUUCAUAGUGAAAAAAACAAGGGGGGCCAGUGCAAAGUUGGAGCACCGGCAGCGCGCGCGCACACCAACACACGCACGCACAGACACACAAGCACACACUGAUGGAGUGACCCGGUACAAAACAAGCCCUUAAAACCUCGCCAAAGUUGAGUGGUGAGCGAAAGAAGAUGCUGCAGUGGUCCACUGGAACUGGGAGCAGUCGAAUUGGUAGUAAAAAGGAACUAUAUGAACUUUCUCUUCUAAUGGGGCUUGUGUCGUAGACAGUGUAAACAGUGGAGAACGUAACAAUACAGGAGCUGGAUGUCUGCACAUCUAGCUUCAAUAUUUUUUCUGGUACUGUGAGUCUAAGCUGCAGAAAUGACUGUGGUAGCAGGAGAUAACAUGGAUGAGACCUCAACCCUGCCAGGGCAUCCACAUGAUCCAUACCCCCAUGACCAUGAGGACCACGAAUGCUGCGAGCGUGUCGUUAUCAACAUCUCAGGCCUGCGCUUUGAGACUCAACUCAAAACACUUGCCCAGUUCCCUGACACGUUGCUGGGCAAUCCCAAAAAGCGGAUGCGCUACUUUGACCCUUUAAGGAAUGAAUACUUCUUUGACAGGAACCGGCCAAGCUUUGAUGCCAUCCUCUACUACUACCAGUCAGGUGGGCGGUUAAGAAGACCCGUCAAUGUCCCUUUAGACAUGUUCUCUGAGGAGAUCAAAUUUUACGAGCUUGGAGUAGAGGCCAUGGAAAAAUUCCGGGAAGAUGAGGGCUUCAUUCGUGAAGAGGAGCGUCCACUGCCAGAAAAUGAAUUUCAGAGACAAGUAUGGCUCCUGUUUGAACAUCCAGAGAGCUCAGGCCCUGCACGUGGCAUUGCAAUUGUGUCAGUCAUGGUCAUUCUGAUUUCUAUAGUCAUAUUUUGUCUGGAGACCUUGCCGGAACUCAAAGAGGAUCCACGGGGAUAUAUGCAAACUAUUGGGAACAGUACUUUCUAUUACAAGCCAAACAUUUUCAGAGACCCCUUCUUUAUUGUGGAAACCCUCUGCAUCAUUUGGUUCUCCUUUGAACUGAUUGUCCGUUUUUUCGCUUGCCCAAGCAAGGCAGCCUACUUUAAAAACAUGAUGAACACAAUUGAUGUAGUGGCAAUCAUCCCCUAUUUCAUCACGCUUGGCACAGAGCUUGCUGACGAUGAAGAGGGGAAGGAAGCAAAGGGAGGGGGUGAACAGGCCACAUCUCUGGCCAUCCUCAGGGUUAUUCGUCUUGUCCGGGUGUUCAGGAUCUUCAAACUGUCGAGGCACUCUAAAGGACUGCAGAUUUUGGGGCAGACACUGAAAGCCAGCAUGAGAGAGCUAGGCCUCUUGAUCUUUUUCCUUUUCAUCGGUGUCAUCUUAUUCUCUAGUGCAGUGUAUUUCGCGGAGGCUGAGGAGAAGGAGUCCUUCUUCACCAGUAUUCCAGAUGCAUUUUGGUGGGCUGUGGUCUCAAUGACCACUGUGGGAUACGGUGAUAUGUACCCUGUGACCAUUGGAGGCAAGAUUGUAGGUUCCCUUUGCGCCAUUGCUGGUGUGCUCACCAUUGCACUUCCCGUCCCAGUGAUUGUGUCCAACUUUAACUAUUUUUACCACAGAGAAACAGAAGGAGAGGAGCAGGCACAGCUCCUCAAUGUGAGUAAUCCCAACAUUGCGUCCGACUCCAACUCCAGUCGACGCAGCUCAUCUAUCAUAAGUAAGUCGGAAUAUGUGGAGACAGACGACGACAUGAAUAACAGCAUUGACAAUUUUAGGGAGGCAAACCUGAGAACUGGGAACUGCACGAUCCCAAACCAGAACUGUGUGAAUAAGGGCAAGCUUCUAACAGAUGUGUAAUUCUUGCUCCACUUUUAUUUUGAAGAUACAACAAACAUGACGUAUUAAUAAUACGGGAAAGCUUUAUAUAGGCCUAGGUCAAUGCAUUAUUGCAUUGCAUUUGCUUCACCAAGACAAGGAAUACAUUCAUAUGCCACUGAAUAGCAAAAUGUUUGCUGAAAAUAAAGAUAUUGCGGAUCAAAAGGAGAUGAAAAUGCAGGUCCAAAUGGGAACUUUGUCACCAAUUGUCAACAGUGUGAUCAUCAGGAAAACAAAUAGACAUGGAUUAUUACAAUAACAGAAUGUCCACAGCAUCUGGAAUUGAGUUCCUAGAGCAUUAUGCAGAUUCUGAUGCAUUCUCAUUUUGGGGGAUAGGUGCUGUUGAUCUUGAGGUGCACUGAACAGCAAUGCACCUCAUUAUUAAUGGAAAACCAUGGCUUCUUGCCAACGCUGGUAUUUCUCCAUCAGAUGCUAAAACUCUUACUCUUAUAAGAUCCAAUACCAUGUGAAAAAGAACAUGGCUUUUGGAGGUGUAUAAGCAUGUUGAAAUAUUCUUUGGUUAUCGAUCAUGGCAUGCUCAAAUCAUUACCUCAGUAUUUUUUCUAUUCAUUUACACAUUGCCCUCAGAUUUCAGACUUUGGUUUUGCAAAAUGCAGUGCUUAUUAUGUUUUGUUCCUGGUAUGGACUGAGAAAUUAAUGUUUAAUAGUAAGGUUGGAGAAGUGAAGCUUUGAGGCCUACUCAACUCAGGUACUAUGUAUCUUGGUAUAAUUAUUGCAUGGCACCAUUAUUAACAGAUCAUAAUGGAUCUUUUUGUAUGUACUUGUAGAUUAAUACAGGGAUCCAUACUAAUUUCAACAAUAUAUUUUGAAACAAUAUAGAUGUAUAUUGUAGUGGCAUUUAUUAGCAAUGUCAUUACAUUCCUAACAGUAUUACAUCUGCAGUUAAUGGGACAUGGAGGUGAAACCAUACAGAUUAUAGAACUGGAAGUUAAUGUAAAUUGUUUUAAGGUACUCUACUGAGGUCUUUGUAUGAUUCCUGGGUAUUUGAUGGCCAGUGAACUAAACAUUUUGCAUAGGGGCUGAUUCAUUAGGCUAUACAUACACCUGCCAGAGUAAUGCUCAAGUCAAACAAAUGCAUUCAUGCUUGUCUAACCAACUUAACAAGAAUCAAACCAACAGUGAACUUCUAAAAAGCUGCUCAUUAACCACCCUUUACUGCUUGCGACACAUUUAUUAUUUUACAACAUAUUAACCAUUAAGUCAACUUUACAAGUAAAAUAUUUAGUGUAUCUGCUUUGACAUCUACGCUGUUUGAAGAUAUACGUAUAUUACUCUGUAUAUGUUGCAUAUAGUGCCUUUAACCCCCUUACUGACAAAACUUUUAAAAAGUGCCUCCAUGUACAAUAACAUCAGUUUUACUGUGCAACUUCUUUUAACUGUAUGAUGCAAUGUCAAGGACCAAUGUGAGUAGGAUUUGUACUAUAAUAAUCAGAAUAUGCACAGCAAAACAAAGUUUGGUGUUUUUGUGUGCAUGACAUAUUUCAGAAUGAACAAGGUCACAGUCCUCAGUGUGCAGAAAGUGAUGGUUUGAUGAUUGCUAAACUUAUUGCUUGAUGAGUCAUACAAGGGAAAGUAAAAACAGUUAGACCUCAGAAAAUAUGUGGGAUAGCUUAGUUUUUGCCCUAUCAAGCCUUGUACAUAAAUCCUACUUGAUUACCCCAGUUAAUCUGAGAAACAGUCCAUGUUGUGUAUAGAUGAGAUGAAAUAUAUAUUUUUCAUCUUUUUUUACCAUCUGUCCAUCCAUCUUUUUUUUAAUUUAUUUGUUCAUUUAUAAUUCAUUUAUUUUGUGUUUAUAUAAGCCUUUUUAUGUGUUUGUCUACCUCAAUUUGAUCCUGUAUGGACUGAUAUCCCAGAAGCUUAACAUCCUGCUAGGGAUUCUACCACUGCCUUUUCAAACAACUAUUAAAGAACCUUAACCUGCUAGUUUAUUCCAAAACAGUGUAAAGAUUUGUGACACUGUUAAAAUGACAGUCAUCAGUAAUCUAAAUAUAAUCCAAGGCACCAUAUUUAUUCCAUUUUGCAAGCAAUGGUGUUAUUUUUGGUUUUUAACACUGCCAGGAAAUAAAGCAACCUACUGCUCAGAGUAAAUAAUAUAUUUAUUCAUGUAGAGACAACUGUUAAUUACAGGGAACAGUAACAAUACUUUGUAAACCAGACAAAUAAUGCUACACUGGAGAUUAUACUGUAUAUGUUGGGCUGCAUGUCUACUAAUGAAAGCGUUUUUGGAAAAGCAGUUCACAGAUCUACUCAGAGGAACGAGCCAAGUUAGAAAGGAGUUAGAUUGGUACUGCUAGAAAAAGCUGCAGCAGUUUGUUGCCUGUAAGCACACAAAUAGAUCUUAUAUAGGAAGGGAAACAAUGUAGCAGCAGUAUGCGUUCAUCCCAGUAUAAAAGAAGUGUUUAAUAAGCCAAGUACUGUUCCUACAUAUUUCUAUACAAUAAUACAUUGAAAGAAAGAAUGAGGCCAAAGUUAGAGCCAUUACAGACAAACAAAAGGACCAAGCACAGUUCUAUUUUAACUCUUCAGUUUGGAUGAAGAGCAUGAUUGAGAUUUAACUGCCAUUAUAUGUUAAAGCAUUUGAUAAUGAUUCAACAUAUUGCAUUGCUCCGAAUAUUAGUAUAUAUAACUAAUUGCAUACAAACCUGAGCAUUAUACUAUGUAUCACACAGGAAAGGUGGAAAGCAUGACAAAAGCAUUUAUCAUUUGAAGAACUAGGUCUCAUUUCUGUAAUUAAACAGCAAAGAAAGAAAAUGCAUGGGUCAAAAUUUAAGUAGAAGAUCUAAAUCGAGAAGACUUCCAUAAAAUGCCUAUUAAUUUGUCAUAAUGUGGUUUUAUAAUAUGGAAAAUGAUUUGAAUAGUUUAAAAACAUGUAUUGCUUAUUUAUUCAUUGUAAGAAGAAAAUUGUGGUCAAUUUUACCCGAGUGGGUUGGAUGUUAAUAGUAAUUUAUUUAUUUUUAUUUAUCUUUCUUUUUUUUUUUUUCUUUUUUUUUUUUUUUAGCUUUAAUAACUAGUAUGUAAGCUUUAAUGUAGAGGUAUUAUUGGGUAUCUUUAAUCAACAUAAUAGUUAAUGACCAGAGAUGUUCAUACAUUCUGUUGCCUUUAGUUAGAAUAUAUAAAUGGCCAUCCAUUUUCAGAAAUCUUGCACAAACAUCAUCUGACCCUUACACUGAGUUGCUAAGAGCCAUGUGAACCAGAGAAGCACAAAGUGGUAUUCGGUCAAAAGUAUUCAAAUGUAUUGAAUUGCUGGGAUGAAAUUCAUCAUUUAACAUAUUCUUUAAUAUUCAACCCAUGUCUCUGUUAUGUUUAAAAAUGGUUAAUGUGGUGAGCUUUUGUGUUCAUUUAACUGCCUAAUUAUAGUCUGCAUGGAAAAAAUAAGAACUGCAUGAUCCAAAUAAUUGAAAUUAUGAAAAUCAAGCUGACUCAACACCCACAUGUUUUUUUUU